GAGCACAACGCAGACGUCAUUGAGCGCCGAUCGCGGCCAGCAGUCCAUCGAUCCAGCAAUCCUCUUGAUAGAGGGAUCGAUCCCGGCCUUCAGUUUCGCCCCCUCAAAAAUUCUCCGGUCAAAGAAACACCGCACGGGGAGCAACACAGGGUAUGCAGCCUGUACAAGAAUCUCAAGAAAGUUCGCCCGAUCGGCCAGGGACUCCGCCGCGCCCACCGUAUUCUCCUGUGACACCGACCUUUGCGCAUCUCGCACCUGUCAUCCCUCCCUCCGCGGCAAACGGGGUAUCGCACCCCAUCGUCCCUCCCGCCGCAUCGCCCUCUCCCACAACGGCAGCGCCGCCCUACAACGGCUUCACGCCGGACUUUGCUCCUCCCCCGCAGGCCCCGCGUGCAGCACCCUUCUUCGCUGCGGAACCCGCUCCAGUGCCCAUCUCCGAAAGCGAGAAUCCCGAUGCGAUUGCACUACGGUCUGCUAUCUCGAUCUUGCAGCUCCAGAAGCAGCAGAGCCUGCGAGAUAUCCGGACAUUGGAUGAAAUGAAACGAGCGGCGGCGGCGGACCCGGAAGGCUUUGCGCGCGAACUGGCUGCGGGGAAUCUCACGGCGAAGGAUAAGGGCGGGUUUAUCAACUUCAGCCAUGACACUAUGCAUGGGGACGAGGAUGAAGAUGAGGAUGAUGAGAUGGAGGAUGAUUCGAAGGAAGGGAAGGCAUCUGGUUUUGGAACGAUUCCCCCUCCCCAAAACGUGGUUCGGAUGCCUCCGAUCAACUGGGCCAAGUAUCAUAUCGUGGGCGAAUCGUUAGAUAAGAUGCACGAGGAACAGCGGCGCCGGCCAUCCGCGGGGGAGCCGCGAAGGGAUGAAAGCGUCCAGCGGGCCCCAGAGUAUCUCCUGGCUUCACCGUAUCGACCGUUGACGGAUAAGCUAGACAGCUCGAGCAAGGCCAAGGGGACUGGAGCCAAGAGCAAGAAGUCCUGAUCAAGCCUCAUUCUCUAAAUCAAAAUCUGUUCGGUAAAUCGACUAGACGGUGACAACAUUAGCAUUCAUAUCAAUGGCUAAGAUCACAGAAGCGUGCAGCAACCACAAAAAGAGAAUACUACCACACCUGCAGGAGACGUCCGCGUGUACAGUACAUGACAUGUGGAAUUUUCCCAGCGACAUCACAACCAAUCAAGCACACUUGAAAUCCUUCA